CUUCUUCCUCUCAUUCCACAUCUCCUAUAGCUUUCUUAGCUUAAGACAUGACCAAUUCAGUUUUCUCCUUCUUCCUCUUCUCCAUCGUCUCUCUUCUGCUUCUUCUUGCGGCGGCUUCGGCAACCGUAUCUGCAGGGAACGCCACAAGUGGGUUGACAUAUAGCGGAUGUGCUCCCGGAGACACCGUCGGAGAAUGUAUAACGGCAGCGGUUGAGGAGGAGGAGGAAGAGGAGGGAGUUGAGACGGUGGUGCGGCGGAUUCUGCAACAGAGGAGGAAAUUAUCCAACGCAGCUCUGCAGAAGGGGCCGUCUUGUAAUUCUAAGAUCGCCGGUAAUUGCAUCGGAAUAGCUAAUCAGCGACGCGCCACUUGCACUUACUACAACAAAUGCAAACGUAGUGCCUAAUAGUUUUUUUUUUUUUCCUUUUUUACCUUUUUAUUGUAUAUGUGUGUUUUGUGUUCUUCUGUUUUUUUUUUCUUUUUUCUUUCAAAAAAAUAUUAAUGUAACAAUAAGAAAGUCGGUCGGUGGAAAAAAUGGCGAUCGAAUUAAAUGCAUAAAACAUUUCUUAUAUAUAGACAUUUGAAUCCGUGAAA